AUGAAGGCUGCUUUCUUCCUCGCUGCCGCCGGCAUUGUCGCCGCUCAGGACCUCAGUGGUCAGCCCCAGUGUGCUCUCAAAUGUCUUCAGGAAUACAUUCCCAAGGCCGGCUGCGAGCUCGACGACACUGCCUGCCAAUGCGAGUCCGGCUUCCAGAAGAAGCUCCAGCCCAUCAUCACUCCCUGCUUGACCGAAGCCUGCGAGAUCGAGGACCUCGUCAAGGCCCAGCAGGCUGCUUCUGAGGCUUGUAAGGCCUUCGCCGCCUCGGCCGGUUCUGGUUCCGCCACCGUGGCUCCUACAGAGAGCCUGGGCUCUGUCACUGUCAGCAUCGACACCUCCAUCACUGGCUCUGCCUCUGUUCCCGCCAUCUUCUCCAGCAUCCCCGAGGAGAAGCCCAUCCCUCCUGUUACUCCCCGUCCCAAUAAUGGAACUAUGACCAUGACCAAGACCACGGAAGGCGGAGCUGGAGGAGCCACCACACCUACUGGAACUUCCGGUGGCGGCAGCGGCGGUGCUAGCAGCGUUCCCACUGACGCUGGUAGCGCAGCUGCCGCUGUUGCUGGACCUGCCUUUGGCCUCAUCGCUGCUAUUGCUGCCGCCAUUGCUCUGUAA